AUGCCGCUCAUCAUUCUCUCGGGGUAUCCCUGCUCCGGUCUCUCGUAUCGCGCGCAGCAGCUCGCCUCGCUCCUCGAGGCGACGCAAGACGAGCUCUUCAACUCUGGCGCCAUCCCCGCAUCCAGACCCCGGUACAAGGUGCACAUUGUGCCCACACACGAUGCGUCGCAUCCACGGACCGUGUAUGACAAUGCCCGGACGGAGAAGGAGGCGCGCGGGGUUGCGUAUACGCGGGCGAAGCGGGCGCUGGGCCGCGACAGUUUCGUGAUCUUGGAUGGGAUGAAUUACAUCAAGGGGUACCGGUAUCAGUUGUGGUGUGAGGCGAAAGCGCUGGGGACGACGAGUUGUGUGGUGCAUGUCGGCUCUCCCGUUGACCAGUGCGUCGCCAACAACGAAGCGCGCAUCCGUCGUCGAGAUGCGCAGCGCGAGAAAGUCGCGGAGGAGAACACUGCGAGUCAGGGAAUAUCCCCGGAGACCCAGUCGACCCCAACCAGCGACACCUCGCCCAAUUCAGAGGAUGAAGAUACGGAAGAGCCCUACCCCCCGGACCUCCUCAACAACCUCAUCUUUCGCUACGAAGAACCCAGCACCCACAGCCGCUGGGACAAGCCCCUCUAUACCGUCCCCUGGAGCGAUCGGGAGCCACCCAUCGCCGAGAUUUGGACCGCGCUCACAGGCCUCCCACACCCAUCCACAACACCCACCCUCCCAGACCCCAGCGCGCAAGUCGCAGCCCUCACCAACACCCUCGCAGCAAGCACCCUCGCCGACACCGCCAGCAUCGGCACCUCCGCAACAGCCUCAGCGCGCACCCGCACCAUCAACCGGCCACGCAUCAAACCCCACCAGGCCACCGUCCAGCCCACAGCAACCGACUCCUCCGCCCUCUACAGCAUGGAGAAAUGCACCUCCUCCAUCGUCGCCGCCAUCCGCACCUUCACCCUCGCCACCCCCUCCGCCGAGUCCGCCCUCGCCCAGUCCCCCGACCCGCGCGGCAUCGCCAUCCCCGUCCCCGACGCCGCGGCCCCCAUCUUCGUCCCCGCGCACGUCGCCACCGCAGCCGCGUCGGACGAGCUGGCCGCCGCCGGUGGCAUCCUUGCCCUGCCGCGCCUGCAGCGCCUACGCAGACAGUGGAUCGGCCUCAACCGCGCGUAUGUCGGGAGUCAUGCGUCGGCCGUGAAGGGCGGGCUGGCGCCUGCCCAGGUCGGGGAUGCGUUUGUGCGGUUCCUGAAUGCGGAAUUUGCCGGCGAGAAUGGGCUUUAG